AUUCUGCACGUUCAGUGUUAGAUUUGCCAUUUGAAUCUCAAGAACUUUAUGUCCUGUAUUACUUUGCAGAUUUAUUUUCUGAAAGCAAACAUGACUUCUUAACUGUGUAGAGCUUGGUGUAAUUAUACACUGGCUUCCAUGAAGGCAAGGCGGGCAGGGCAGCUUCUUGGCUUUGUUCCAGCCCUUUGGAGUUUAUGGAUCUGUUGGUAGAACAUCUUCCCUUCAGAACUCAGUCAGGGUCCAGAAGAUGGAUGGGCUAGGUGGGAAUCCUAUGUCCUGCCUGCCUGGGCUUACUCCUCCCAGCCCUCCUCCAGUUCCCGUGGCCAGGGAACCACAGUGUCCCUUUCUGUAAUGUCAUUUAUCAUCAGCAUGGUAGUCCCAGUAGAGAUGAGGCUUGGAAGUUUCUGAAAUAUAAACUAUGAACACACCAUGUUUUCCAAGAAGUGUCCCUCUCCCAUAGACACACUUUCUAAAAAGAUAGUUGACUUUCAUUUGUGGGCAGUGGACAGGGUAGGCUGCAGUACUUAAAACUAAGCAAAAAUCUGCUUAUUCCUUUGCGUCCUUGCUCAGUCCAACUCCAACUCCUUCUUUAGAGUUAAAAGAAGCCCCAGGACAGGAAGUCCUUCGACUCUGUGUGUGUUGUGGACACUCUGGGGAAGUGUCCUCUCUGGAAGGUUACAACCCGAGGAAGAUUUGUGCCUGACAUCAUGCAGUCCUGGUACCAUACAUGGCCAUGGCUGAUUAAGUUUAAAUAGCAUUGAAACAGAUUUCUAUCUUUGGACAAGAAGAAGUCACACGCAAGGGACUCUGGUGCAAAGUCAGGGUGAACCUGAGCCAAUAACAAAAUGGCUUUCUGCUUGCUUCUCAUCAGUCCUGUGAGCUUACUUGACAGUCCCAGUGGUGGAAGCUAGUUCAGUUGUUGUUUCUGGAAGUUGUCAGUUGGACUACGCAAAGUGUUGCAGUGCUCACUCCAAGCUCAUCAAACGGAAGAGCUAAUGGACAGGCUUUGCUCUUGUUAUAACCUCGAGGGGCUCUUUGUUGUAGAUUUGGGGCUGCUGUAAAUGGCCGCACUGCACUGGCACUACUGUGGAUGUCGUGGUUAAGACACAGACCCAGUUAACUGAGGACACCCAAAUAGUUGCCUCCCUACCCAGACUGUCUGUCACUUCAAACUUGGGGUGUUUGAGGUUUAGGCUGUUGACAGUUUCUGGAUGAUAGUCUAAUCUAGACAAAAAAGGACUUUCUCACUUUCUUAACUAUAGCCAUUUUUAUUGUCCCCUCCCUUUCCCAUAUGCCUUCCACAAAGUAUAAAAAUAAAAUAAAAACUGGCCUCAUUGUGGGCAUGCAUGAGAGUAUGCAGAUAUGCUCACCUGUGUGUGUCCAGACAAAGACAAAAGAAGGCUAUGACGUGGUUUUCUCAGUUGUCUGUCUGUCUGUAAGACAGACAAAACCCACGGAACAGGGUUUUUCAUUGAAUCACAAGCUCACUGUUUCUGCCAGGCCAGCUGGCCAGUGAACUCUGGGAUCCUCCUGUCGGUGCCCCACGUUGUUAAGGUUACGGGGAUGUACAAUCAUGCCUAGCUUUUUCUUUGAGUCCUUGGGAUUUGAACUCAGGACCUCACGCUUGCACAGCAGAUGCUCUUACUCAUGGAGCCAUCUUCCCAGUCUCUUCCAAGCUAUUGGUCGCAAGACAGCUGCCAGAAGUUCACCGACUUCCAGUCUCUCUCCCAGCCAUUAAUUACAGGAGGCUUCUGGUUUUGUUCUCAUACUGAAAUCUGAAGCUCAGGGUCAGUGAGCAAAGUCUGGGCACAUUGGUGCUGCUCCUCUGAGAGUCUAGUUCCCAGGUGAGCCUCAGGUUGGCUGAGGAGGAUCAGGCCAGAGAGUCAGCUGGCCUCCUGCCCCUAUCCCCCACUGAGACCCAUGGAAGAAAGGCUGAAGGGGGGGGGGGGGCGGGAGAUGAGGGAUGAGUUUCAACUCUGUAACUCUAAGCCUGUUACCAGAGCUUUGUUCUUAAGGCGUGGGUAAAGUUGAUCACCCAAGUAUAAAAAUGAUUGCCUGUGUACGGUGGUAGACUGGCUGAAUGAACCAGACUCAUUCCAUCCCAUAGGCUAAUUACAUUCCCAUGUGCCUCAGAGGUGAGAGACUACAUGUUUUUUUAAUCUCAUGACUGUCUCCCAUGCCCACUUAUUUGUUCUGGGGAUUGAACUUGGAGGCUUAAACAUGCUGGGCAAACUGAGCCGUAUCCUUCAGCUGUGUUCUUAGUGAUUAAUUCUAUCAGAUUAUCUCUUCUGAGAAAAGAGUACACAUGGACUCACAGUUUUUAAUGCCCUCCCCUAAGUGAACUCUAUGUGGUCAUGGAAUGGAGAAUGGACUCAAGGACUCAAGGGAGACAUCUGCCUCCUGUGAACACACAUACAGAAGGGCCUAGUUCUAGUUCUCCUUUUCCUAGAGGGGAAGAACUAAAGUAACUCAGACAAGUCUAGUGAACUUAAACUUUUAAAGAGAAAGACUUCAGCAGGAGUUUUGAGGGGGUGGGGUUGGGAAAGAAAGAGGACUCUGCUCAGGGGCUUGCUCCACAGUCAGGAUGCAGGCAAACAAGCAUGGGUGGUGGAGCUGGCUCCGCCUUCCUGGCCUGUGAUGGAGCUGGCUCCGCCUUCCUGGCCUGUGAGCCAGGCCAGCCCUGCAGGUAAGUGAGGUGGUCCUCAGAGCUGCCCUGACCACAGCUGUGGGCACCAGAAGGAUUUGCUUACGAAUCUGUUGAGAGUGGUUUUAUCUUUUAUCAUGCUGUGCUGCUGUUUCUAACGGUCCAUCUCUCCAUCUCGCCCCUCCCUUUCUUUCUCUCUGUUCUGAUGUCCUAUCUUGAAACCACUGCUAAAGGUUCUGUCUCCCCCAUACCUUCCUUGCCCUCAAGAGGACCGUUUUGCAUGGCAGCCCCCCACCAUCUACCGCAACUCCAAGGACUCCCUUUACAUGAGCUCACCAAAGCCCUACAUCCCACCCAGCAACCCCAGCCAACAGAACCCCUCACUUCCUCCGCCCGUCUCUGUACCUCUGGGAGCUAGGUUGGCUCCCCAACAUGCAUCAUGUCCCAGUUCAUUGCUUUUGGGACCCAUGGGCCUUGAAGUGUCCUCCCAACCCCAGCAACACUAUGUAGCCUCCAGAUUAGUGUACAGUAAGAAUGUGAGCUCUAACCCACGUCAUGAAGCCACAGGGAAUAGACAGGUCAGCAGCUUAUAUGUCCCAUGUUUAUCCAAUAACAUUUGCCGGGCAACAAACUCCUCUCCUGUUGCACGUGACUCGGCCCCAGACGCUCUCUGGGAGGCCGCAGGCACCCAGGCACCAGCUCUCAGCCUUGUCCCAGGCACAGCCACAGCCAGCACAGGAAAACUACCCCCUGCUCCUCCUCCUGACCCUCCCAAGCUAUUCUUUGACAACCGCAACGAUGCCUGUAACCGCGGUGAGAUCCCCACACUGGGGACUUGGGGCUCGUUCCCAGAUGCCGUGAGGCCUCCCAGGCUAGGCCCCCAGGUUACUUCUGAUCCUGAAAACCAGAAGAACAAAGAAACUUACCUCUUGCAGCCGUGUUAUCCAGCCAAGGGUGCCACCUCCUCCAGUCCAGCCCCAUCUGAGGUAAUAGUUGUCCCUCUCUACCUGGUUAAUACUGACAGAGGGCAAGGGCAAGAAGGCACUGCCAGAACUCCAGCAUCUCUGGGGCCACUUGGCUGCGUCCACACUGUCCCGGCGACCACCCCUGCUGCCUCACCUCUGACCUUCCCGACACUAGAUGAUUUCAUCCCCCCUCAUCUGCAGAGGCGGCCCCACCACAGCCAGCCAGCCAGUGCUUGUGGCUCCCUCUCCCCUGCUAGCCAGACGCCACCACCCUCACCACCACCUCCGCUGGUCCCUCCCAUACCGGAGGACCUCCACAGAGGCUUGGAGCCUGACCUCCCGGGAGCUGUCUCAAGUACCGGCGGUCCUUUACUAAAUGAAGUUUCUUCUUCCCACAUUGAAACCGAUUCCCAAGCCUUUCCUCCAACAAGCAGACCUUCGUCUGCCUACCCCUCCACCACCAUCGUCAACCCUACCAUUGUGCUCCUGCAGCACAAUCGAGAACAGCAAAAACGACUCAGUAGUCUUUCAGAUCCUGCCUCAGAGAGAAGAGCGGGCGAGCAGGACCCAGUACCAACCCCAGCAGAACUCACCUCGCCCAGCAGGGCUGCUGAGAGGAGGGCAAAGGAUGACAGUAGACGGGUGGUGAGGAGUGCCCAGGACCUAAGCAAUGUGUCUGUGGAAGAAGUGGGCAUCCCACUCCGGAAUACCGAGAGAUCGAAAGACUGGUACAAAACUAUGUUUAAACAGAUCCACAAGUUGAACAGAGACACUCCUGAGGAAAACCCUUAUUUCCCUACGUACAAAUUCCCCGAGCUUCCAGAAAUCCUGCAGAACUCUGAAGAGGACAACUCUUACACUCCUACCUACCAGUUUCCUGCAUCUACUCCUAGUCCUAAGUCAGAAGAUGAUGAUUCUGAUCUGCAUUCUCCUCGGUACUCCUUCUCUGAAGACACAAAAUCUCCCCUUUCUGUGCCUCGCUCAAAGAGUGAGAUGAACUACAUCGACGGGGAGAAGGUGGUUAAGCGGUCUGCCACACUCCCCCUCCCAGCCCGCUCGUCUUCCCUCAAGUCCAGCCCAGAGAGAAACGACUGGGAGCCCCCAGAUAAGAAAGUGGAUACGAGAAAAUACCGAGCAGAGCCCAAAAGCAUUUAUGAAUAUCAGCCGGGCAAGUCUUCGGUCCUGACCAAUGAGAAGAUGAGUCGGGAUAUAAGCCCAGAAGAGAUAGAUUUAAAGAAUGAACCUUGGUAUAAAUUCUUUUCGGAAUUGGAGUUUGGGAGACCGCCUCCCAAAAAGAUAUGGGACUAUACUCCUGGAGACUGCUCUAUCCUUCCUAGAGAGGAUAGAAAGACUAAUCUAGAGAAAGAUCUCAGCUUCUGCCCAGCAGAGUUAGAGGCAGACUUAGACAAAGUGGACACGCUUAAUAGAUCACCCAGUGCAAACUCGCCACAGAGCUCAGCAGUCAGCCCGACUCCAGACAUUACAUCAGAGCCUCCUGGAUACGUCUAUUCUUCCAACUUCCAUGCAGUGAAGAGAGAAUCAGAUGGGACCCCUGGGGGUCUCGCUAGCUUGGAGAAUGAGAGGCAGAUUUAUAAAAGUGUCUUGGAAGGUGGUGACAUUCCUCUUCAGGGCCUCAGUGGGCUCAAACGGCCGUCCAGCUCAGCCUCCACUAAAGUGGAUCGUAAAGGCGGGAAUGCUCACAUGAUUUCUUCAUCAUCCGUUCAUAGCCGAACGUUUCACACUAGCAAUGCUUUAGGCCCUGGGUGUAAGCACAAGAAACCCCUGUCGGCUGCGAAAGCCUGCAUUUCGGAGAUCCUUCCUUCUAAAUUCAAACCCAGGCUCUCUGCUCCCAGCGCUCUCUUGCAGGAACCGAAGAGUGUCCUGUUACCCUCAGAGAAGGCUCAGAGCUGUGAGAACCUUUGUGUUUCUCUGAAUGAUUCCAAAAGAGGCCUCCCACUCCGGGUUGGGGGAAGCAUCGAGAACCUGCUCAUGCGCUCCCGGCGGGAUUACGACAGCAAGUCCAGUAGCACCAUGAGUCUUCAGGAGUUUGGCACCAGCUCCAGGAGGCCCUGCCCUCUCUCCAGAAAGGCUGGACUGCACUUCUCCAUGUUCUACCGGGACAUGCACCAGAUCAACCGAGCUGGCCUCUCCUUAGGCUCCAUCUCCUCCUCCAGUGUGCGAGAUCUUGCCUCCCAUUUUGAAAGGAGCAGCCUGACGUUAGGCAGGGGUGAGCUGGGCGCUAGCCAAGAGGGCUCAGAGCACAUCCCCAAGCACACUGUGUCCUCCCGUAUCACGGCCUUCGAGCAGCUCAUUCAGCGGUCCCGGUCCAUGCCAUCCCUGGACUUCUCUGGCAGGCUGAGCAAGUCCCCGACACCUGUGCUCUCUAGAAGCGGCCUGACCUCAGCUCGUUCAGCGGAAUCCCUCCUCGAGUCUACCAAGCUCCGUCCCAGAGAGAUGCACGGGAUGGACUCCGGAGGGGUCUAUGCGUCCCCCACAUGUAGCAAUAUGGCGGACCAUGCCUUGAGCUUCCGGAGCCUUGUGCCCUCUGAGCCUCUUUCUGUCUGCUCAGACGAGCUAGACCACUGCUCAAAUGUUUCUAAUGACAGCAGGGAGGGCAGCGGGAGCAGUGUUCAUGGAGACGUCCCCAAACAUCGCCUCAACAAGUGCAAGGGCACCUGCCCAGCUUCAUACACCCGGUUCACCACUAUCCGGAAGCAUGAGCAGCAGUCUUCCAGGCAGCCAGACUGGCGCUCGGAUUCCAGGGGGGACAAGAACAGUCUCCUCAGAAACAUCUACCUGAUGAGCCCCCUCCCUUUUCGAUUGAAAAAGCCCCUCCAACAGCACCCCAGACAGUCUCCCCCCAGUGACUCCUCAGAGUCCCCUGCUGGCCAGAAGGCAGACCUUCCCUGCCAGGGCCUUCAGGACCAGCCCCACUCUGCGGGGAAACCCCUGGUCCCCACUCGCCUGUCUUCCCGACACACCAUGGCAAGGCUUAGCCACAACUCAGAACCCCCUCUGGACAGAUCCACAGGCCUGGAGGAUUGCACAAGGGCCAUUAAUAACGGGAACCCUGUGCCCUACUCAGACCAUGGCUUGGACAGGAACAACAACCCACACAGUGAACUGGCAGCGGCCCAUGGAGAUUCAGAGUCACCAAGACAUUAUCUACCAGCUGAUUACUUGGAGUCCACGGAAGAAUUUAUCCGCAGACGGCACGAUGAUAAAGAGAAACUUUUAGCGGACCAGAGACGACUUAAGCGCGAGCAAGAAGAAGCCGAUAUUGCAGCUCGCCGCCACACAGGUGUCAUCCCGACUCAUCAUCAAUUUAUCACUAAUGAGCGCUUUGGGGACCUCCUCAAUAUAGAUGAUACGGCAAAAAGGAAAUCUGGGUUAGAGAUGAGACCUGCCAGAGCCAAAUUUGACUUUAAAGCUCAGACACUAAAGGAGCUGCCUCUGCAGAAGGGAGACAUUGUCUACAUCUACAAACAGAUUGAUCAGAACUGGUAUGAAGGUGAACACCACGGCCGGGUGGGAAUCUUCCCACGCACCUAUAUCGAGCUUCUUCCUCCAGCUGAGAAGGCUCAGCCCAGAAAGUUGGCGCCUGUACAGGUUUUGGAAUAUGGAGAAGCCAUUGCAAAGUUUAACUUCAAUGGAGAUACACAAGUAGAAAUGUCUUUCCGAAAGGGGGAGAGGAUCACGCUGCUCCGACAGGUGGAUGAGAACUGGUACGAAGGGAGGAUCCCUGGGACAUCCCGCCAAGGCAUUUUCCCUAUCACCUAUGUAGAUGUGCUUAAGAGGCCAUUGGUGAAAACCCCUGUGGAUUACAUCGACCUGCCUUAUUCCUCUUCCCCGAGUCGCAGUGCCACUGUGAGCCCGCAGUAUACUAGUCACAGCAAGCUCAUGAUGCCAGCCCCUUCAUCUCUACCCCACCCCCGCCGAGCCCUGUCCCCUGAGAUGCACGCCAUCACCUCCGAGUGGAUCUCUCUGACUGUCGGGGUCCCAGGCAGGCAUUCUCUGGCCAUGACGCCACCCUUGCCUCCUCUGCCCGAGGCUUCUGCCUGUGACAUGAACCGCUUGGCCUUGUCAGCAAGGGCCCGGCCCUCCUUACCUCUCAGCCUCCCGUAUUCAAGUUGGUCAGAUCACUCCACCCUGCACCCAGUGGUCUCCCCAAUGGCCCUGCCUCCACCCCACAAAACCUACUCACUGGCACCCAGUGCCCAGGCUCCUCUUCACGUCAAUGGAGAUGGUGGUAUUCACAUUCGCCAAGAUGGCUUCUCCCAGCCACCACUUGGGAACUCUGAUAGGGUCAUCUCCGAGCUUAGUGACGCCUUUAGCAGCCAGAGCAAGAGACAGCCCUGGCGAGAAGAUGGACCAUAUGACAGGAAAGCAGAGAGCGAGGCAGGUGAGAGAUGCCCUGGUGGACCCAAGAUCUCUAAGAAGAGCUGCUUGAAACCUUCAGACGUGGUCAGGUGCCUGAGUUCUGAGCAGAGACUCUCAGAGUUCCACACUCCUGAGGACAGCCAGUCCUUCAAGCCUCUGGGAAGCCCUUUCCCAGUCUGGGAGGCUGGGCCACCAGAGCUUCACAGAGGUGUCGAGGCUGACAGGAAGGCUGCUCAGAGUGGUGUGAGCCAGCCUUCUCAUCACUCAUUGAGCGCAGGACCUGAUCUCACAGAAUCUGAAAAGAACUAUGUGCAACCUGAAGCCCAGCAGCGAAGAGUCGCCCCAGACAGGAGUCGACCCUCACAGGAUUUAUGUAGCUACCAAGCAUUAUAUAGUUAUGUGCCACAGAAUGAUGAUGAGUUGGAACUCCGAGAUGGAGAUAUUGUUGAUGUCAUGGAAAAAUGUGACGAUGGAUGGUUUGUUGGCACUUCAAGAAGGACGAGGCAGUUUGGUACUUUUCCAGGCAACUAUGUAAAGCCUUUAUAUCUAUAAAGAAGACUGAGAAGCACAGAGCUUAUUUUUUAUCGGAGGAUGAAGCAUCAUUCAUGAACUGGUCUCUUCAUUUAAAUACUGAGUCAGUAAGAAAACUAAUGCAGUUGGUAAAGAAAGAAGGAGCAGAGAAGUGUGUUUCAAACCCACUGUGUAUCAGGGAUUUACAGUCUGCUGAAGACAUCUGUAUGUACAUGGCUGCUCCUGGGAGCUGCUCUAGCCCCUGCCACUUGGGGAGUCUGAUCUGGAGUAGUGUCCAUGAGCAACAUUAGCCAAAAUAUGUGCCCCAUCUUUACCCACUCCCAUUUCAAAGAGGUCCCUUGGGGCUAAAUAAGUCAGUACGCAUCCAUGUUCCACAGGCCCCAAGCCUGAGCAUCAGGGACAACUCCUGUCUCUAUUCCUGGGUAUCGCAGAGCCAGCAAACCUCAAGUGCUGCUAGAAGUGGGUUUUGGAGUUUUCCUUCAGCACCAUGACUUCAUGAGGUCCAGGUGAAGAAAUGGUGGCAGACCAGGUGCCCUAGCAUUUAGUCUUCUAGGUGACAGUGCCCUUUACUACCCUGCUAUUCAGACAGAAAGCCAUGCCAUCCUUGUCCUGAGCUUGGAAGCAGGUGGCCAGGCAGAAGGGUUACAAAGCCCGAGCUUAGUUAACCUUGGGGCGCUGGAAGUCACUUGGAUUGUGUUCCUUCCUUGGUCACUACCACUGGCUAGCCAGGGCUGGCUGUGCCUUUCUUCUCUGGCUUAGUAUGGGCUUUGGACACUUGAGCCCAUAGAAUACAGGAGCUCUCUUAGCAUGUGUAGAUGCAAGCUGGCUGCAGGGGCACCAUGAGUAAGACACUCCCAGACCUAGGAGGGACUCUGUGCCUCCUGUGUUGCCUGUGGAGUCUGAACGCCACCCAGAAUGUUGUUUUCUCUGGUCCUUCCUGCUUCUCCUCUCCACCCCAGGCCAGGGAGUCCAGGUGCACAUGGUGAGGCCUCCAUUCAGAGCUCAGGGAUUACAUACUGGCCUGGGUAUGAGGCAGUGAUUCUCCUCCUGGUGGCAGCUGGGAGUUUGUCCUCUGUGAACCCUGGUUGUGAGGAGGGGACCCUUUGACACCUGGGUGUUUAGUCACCACUCUGAUUCUCUGUUAGAUCCCUAGUUGACACAAAGAUAAGUGUGGCCUGCUUCCAGAGCGGAGCCUGCCAGAGCCUCAGCUGAGUGGACAGCAUAGGAGAAGCCAAUCUAGAGAGACUAUGAUACGUGCAGAGGGUGUGAGAGGAAGCGGUGUGUUUCUCCCGAGGGGAACCCUAGAGAACAGUCAGGGUUCCCUCUCCCUCAGCUCACUUCUGAACAACUGGGAUGCUGGGGGGACCCUUUGUCUGAGGGCAGUUUAUGUCUGGAAAUACUGGGAAUUUUUUUUUUCCAGAGUCUGGCAUUCUUCUCUCCACAAAUACAUGCACCAGGUCACAAAUACCAGGAAUUGUAGGUGAUAGGGGGAUAUACUGGAACCCAGGCUUUCUGCAUGCAGUUCAGAAUCACCCUAACCACUACACUAUCCCAAAGUCUGGAGUCUUUACAAGUCGGCAAAAUUUGUCUUCAGUGACUGCCUGCUGUCUUAAAUAGCACGGGACCCUAACUCGCCCCCACCCCACCCCCCGAAGCCUCAACCACCACCCAUCAGCCACAAUUCUCCCAGGAGGGUCUUGGGAAAGAAACUGCCACAAAUUGAUUCACACUGAAAUAUAAAUGGCCUACGGGGAAAUAAGUGUGUUGCCUCUUCCCGGAGACACAUCCUUUGGAACCCAGACAGGGCAGAGCCUUGAAUCCCAAGGCAAAGUGGAAUGGAACUGCAGGAGUGAGCGCUUCCCAGGCAGAAAGACCUGGCGAGUCUCUGACCUGUUGCUUUGCAAGCCCAGCUUCCCCGGACAGCUGCCCUGCUUCCUUUUUUGACUUUGCCCCUCUCAAGGGAACAUAGGAAAAAUAAAUAAAAAAUGCAUCUGUGCGUUUUUACUCUUCCGGAAUGCAGCCCCUGCUCUCUCCUAGAUGCCAACCAUGACUAGUGCGAUUGUAUCUAAAUUUCCUGAGGGGUGUUUUUUGAUCAAGUAGGUAGUGUCAAACACCCCUUUAAAUACAGCUAGAAAAUAAAACCAUUUUAUAAAAGCCGCCUUUGCAUCCCCUGCGAGCCUCACAGAGAGCAUCUCUGCAAAUCCAGGUGUGUCAUCUUUAAUAAAAUCCCUCCCGCUUCCGACAUAGGAAAAACAAAAACAAAAAGAGGGAAGGUUUCCAAUUACUCUUUUUGUCUUCAGACAUUUAGUAAUAUAAAGUACCUAUUUUUAUGCUGAAAUGUUUAUACAGGUUUAUUAACAGCAAGCGCAGCUAACUGGCGGCAUGCCGUGCAGCUCAUUUUGAUAUGUUAGCCAUGCUUCCAGGUAAAGGCAAGCCCCAAACUACUCAGCUUUUGCAGUCUCUCUGGGAUCAGGAAAAGAAAAAAAAAAAAUCACAUGUUUGAGAAGUGGGACUGUAAAUAUGUAAUGUAUAUUUAACUUUGUGUAGCCCAUGUACCUACCUUGUAUAGAAAAAUAAUUUUUAAAACUUAAGCAGAAAGGGAGUAAAAUGAAGUUUCCCCCCACUUUUAUUUAAAUGAAGGAAUUUCAAAUAAUUCACCUGCAGACUUUUAGCACAAAACCAGUCCUUGGAAAUUGUUAACAUAUUCAGUUGUUCUCUGGGGAAGAGAAGACGACUAUAAUAUCAUUUAGUUUUCUUUUUGCGGUUCUAUUUAUCUGCAGUAGUAUUAAGUCAUAUUGCUGGAAUAGGUCACUACCCCCCAAAAGAUAUUAUUGAGAAAAAAUAAAACUGAUCUAUGUAACCUAUGAAAGCGCUGCAUUGAAAUCGCACACCAAGCGCAUGUACUACGCAGACACGGUUUUCUGUUCGUUUAUUUUAUUUUUUUUCCUUAUUGCAGUGGAUUGAUCUGAUAGACAUGUUGAGUUACUACUUUGCUGUACAUAUUAUUUAAUAAACUUUAUUCGGAAUUGCGUGGCA